AUGUUUGUCCUAAGGAAUCUCAUGCAGCUGGUUGGGUACUUCUUGUUGUCGGGGCUCUUUUGUGUAGAGGGUAGCAGGGGAAAGAGGUUUCUGACCGAUGAUCAGGGCCUUUCCGGAGGUUUAAUAGGAGGCUACCAAGGUGGCAAAGGCGGCGGUGGGAUAGGUGUUGGUGGCAGCGGUGGCUAUGGCAGUAUUGGUGGCGCUGGCGGUGGUGGAGGUGGCGGCGGUAUUGCAGCUGGAGGCUAUGGCAACGGUGGUGGCGGAAAUGGAGGUGGUAUAGGUGGCGGUAGUGGUGGAGGAGGGGGCAGCUUUGGAGGCAGUGGAGGUCCAGGAUAUGGCGGUGGUAUGGGCCAAGGGGAUGGGUAUGGUGCAGGUGGUGGCAGCGGUGGUGCAUGGGGCAACGGCAGGUAUGGAUCUGGUGGCGGAGGAGGAGGAGGAGGAGGCUUUGGCAGCGGGUAUGGCUCGGGAUAUGAUAAUGGUAGGGGUAGAGGUGGCGGAGGCAGUGGCAGCGGCAGCGGCAGCGGGGCCAGCGGAGGGUACGGGCAAGGCGGAGGAGAAGGUUUUGGCUAUGGUAAGAAGGAAUAUGGUGAAGGCCAUUGA